AUGCCGACGCGCAUUUUUUGUAGAAAAAUAUGCAACAUCAUUAAACUUGAAUACGAGGUAGCACCAUCGCCGCCGGCGCCCGCCAUGGAAGUGGCCGCCGAGCCGGAAGCGGAGGGUGGCGGGGGCAGCGGAGGCGGUGGGGACAGUGGGGGUGGCGAGGGCGUGUGCCGCACCGUGGACAAGCCGCGAGAUCCGGACCGCUCCAGGGAUCUAUUCGGCGUCCAGCUAGAGGUGACGAGCCUGCUGCUGGAAGCGGAGCGGCGGAAGCUGUGGGUGCUGCAGAGGGAGCUGCAGACGGCGCUGGCCGAGGGAGGAUCCAUCAAGGCCAAGGAGCACCAGCGGCAGGAGCUGCUGCUCGCCAUCUCGCGCAUCCAGGCGCAGCACGACCACCUGGAGAAGGAGUACGAGCAGCACGCCAUCGGGGUCCUGCGCUGCUCCAACACCAGGGGCUCCGGCAAGAGCAACCGCAGCCAGCCAGCCAUCGGGCUGAAGCAGACGCCCAAGGCGCGGCCCACCAUCUUCGGCACCGUCGCCUCGGACCAGACGCCAAAGGAUGGCUCCAGCAGAAGGGUAAGUUGCAGCUACUGUAAGGGAUUCGCCAGUGUAUGUAAGUACUUCAAUACUUUCCGUUGAGCAACUGUACCGACAAAGAGCCCUUUUG